CCCUCGGAAUGGACCCUUAGUUGGAUUUUUCAUGUAGAGCCCCCUGUGCUUUUGAAAAAGUCCAUAAGCAGCUUUGGGGAACCACCUUCAUGGAAAUUCCAAACCAUAGCUCCUCCUCCUCUUUAUAUAGGAAGCUGUGUGAGUAUUCACAGCUAAGACUCGAUCUACACAAUACUCACUCAUUCUUCUGCUCACAGUACAGAGGGUCCUGUAGAUCUUUGGACUCUUCUGUCGGAGAUCUUGGACUUUUGUAUUUAUUACGUUUCCUAACUUUUCUUUUGGGAUUUACUUUUCUUUUUUUUUUUUUUUUGGUGGAUUAACCCCUGGUGUGGACCUUUCGACAAGAUGUGCUCUAUCAGCGAUGGCAGCACAGACCCCUUGCUAGCCAGGUUUAAAGUUCUCGAGGAGACGGUGGAUAAACUGCACAGGGAAAACAGGUCUUUGAAGACGAAGCUGCAGAGUUACAAUACGCUCAGCACUUUCUACCAUGAAGCCAGGCAGCAGAACAAGAACCUCAACAAGCAGCUGGCUGAGAAGGAAGCCCUCAUCCAGCAGCUGAAAGUUAGCCAGAAGACGCUUACAGCUGCUGCGGAACAUCAGGCCGAGCCCCCUCGAUCGCUUAUCGAGUGUUUAAUGGAAGAGCUCAACAGAAUGAGGAAUGAUCGCAGCGAAACGGAGAGGAUUUAUCGUGAAAAAGUGGAAAAACUCAAUCAGGAAAUCCAAAAACUUCAAAAGCAGCUGGAGGAUAGAGACAAUGAGAUAGAGAAGGUAUCCAGCUGGCCUCAACAGGAAAAAGAUAUGGAGCUCCUCCGGCUCCAAAGAUCCCUUGCCGAGAAGGAGAGAGUCCAGGCUACUAGUGAAGUUCUGUGCCGGUCACUAUCCGACGAAACCCACCAGCUGCGACGUAAGCUUUCUGCCACAGCGGAGAUGUGCCAACAGCUGGUCAGGUGUCUUGAGGAGGCCCGUCAAAAAGAUAACCUGAAUUCAGAACAACAUCUAAGCCAGAAUAUACAUAAAGAGAAUGAGCAUGACGCCACCUUGAGAAAGUUACAGGAAGAAAACCAGCGAUUAAAACAGAAAGUAGUACAUGUUGAAGACUUGAAUGCCAAGUGGCAGAAGUAUGAUGCCAGCAGGGAGGACUAUGUCAAGGGUCUUCACCUACAACUGAAAGAACUGAAGGGCCAAUGUGAGCAUUCCAAGAGUUCACAGACAACACACAAACACCCGGACCUUUUACAGAAGGAGAUCUCCAGGCUGAACAGGUUGUUGGAAGAAAAAUUAAAGGAACAUACCAAACUCCAGCAAGAAGCUGCUGAAAUGGUCCAAGCUAGGAUUGUCAACCAGGAGAGAAUCCAUAUGCUGGAGCAACAGUUAAUUGUUUACAAAGAUGACUUCACAUCCGAGCGAGCAGAUAGAGAAAGAGCACAAAGUCGAAUACAGGAGCUGGUGGAUGAAAUUUCUGCUUUGCGACGACAGGGGAGACGACAGGAUGACAAAGAAUCUGCUGUUAAACGGAACAAAACCUAUACUAAGAGAAACGUAGGCGACACUCAGCUAGGCCUGAAUGUCGAACCUGCAGAAAACAGACUACAAGCUUCCCCCGCAGACCGUCCAGAUCGCCAAAGGAGUUCUACCACCGAACAGAGAGGCCAAGACGAGCUCCAGUGUCCUCGGUGUCUCAGGAUCUUCCAAGACAGACUAGGAGAGAACUUUUUAGAACAUAUUUCUGAAUGCUGUCAGUGACUGUGACUCUUAAUUUAGAGAUAGAACCACUACAUGGCAUAGGUGCAUAAUACCUGUGUUAACUAUGCUGCUAUCUUCCUUGGUUUACCCACCAGGUUUUGGGGUGGGGGUCAGUCUAAGUAGUAUUGAUGUGGGAGUCCUAAUGGCGUUUUGACUAUUGCAUUGACUGGUCAUAGCCAUCGCUUUCACUGGUUGGCAUAAAAUCUACUGACAGCCCUUCAGACUGACAUUCAUGACGAGCGGCUUGGAAGAGUAAUUCAGACUUAAAAUAGUAACCCUGUAGGUGCUAUGGGUAUGACCUAAGUCUACAUCUGCUGUAUCUAUAACUGUGGUGAAUAGUUUACUGUGAAAUAUCAUUAGCCUGGUACUGUGACUCUCA